UGUCUUUUUUCCCCUCUCCUUGUUUCCUCCUCUCACCCUCUUGUUUCUACCCCUCCAUUUAUUUUCUUCUUUUCUUUCCUUGUUUCCUCCUUUCUUCUCCUGUCUUUUCCCCUGCUCUCCUUGUUUCUUCCUCUCUGUUUAUUUCCUCUCUCCUUCUAUUGUUUCCUUCCUUUCAUUUGUGUCCUCCUCUCCUUUCUUUGUUCCCUCCACUCUUCUCUUCAUUUGUUUUCUCAUUUCCUCUCCUUGUUUCCCUAUCUACUCUCCUGUCUUCUGCUCUCCUCUCCUCUGUUUGUUUCCCCUCCUCUCUCAUUUUCUUCUUUCUUCUUCUCUAGUUUCCCCUCUCCUUCUGUUUCCUCAUCUCCUCUCAUUUCCUCCUCUCUAUUUUGUUUCCUCCUUUUCUGUCCUCUCUUUGCCUCUCUUCUUGUUUCCUCCACUCCUUGCCUCCUCUUCUGUCUCUUUUUUUGUAAAUUCACUUAAAGUUAAUUGCUUCCAGCAGACUUUUCUCUCAGUCUGUCACGCUGCUCUCUGUCAUGUGAUGACACUGUGCCGGUCUUGUUAUCGGGGGCUGUGGAUUGCUGCAGGGUGGAGAGGCCCAUUGCACAUGAACUGGGCUGAUGACUUAAUCGCGUGUACACUGUGUGUUCACGCUUGCUACUACAGCCAUGAGAUCCUCUGCAGUGUAAAGAGAGACCCUUCUGCUGGUUGCUGUUUGGGACCGGAUAACAGAUCUCCCAAAUGGCCGAGGAGGUUUUAAUUCCGUCGGGGAAAAUCACAUCGCAACUGACCGGCUCUUUGUUGGCGGUGGCGUUCCUUACCUCCUUUGGUAGCUCCAUGCUUUAUGGCUACAAUCUGGCAGUGGUCAACUCCCCUGCUGUGUACAUAAAAGACUUCUACAAUAAGACAGCACUGCGUCGCAAUGGAACAGGCCUCAGUGGGGAGACCCUCACCCUUAUGUACUCUCUCACUGUCUCUGUCUUCGCUAUUGGUGGUCUGCUGGGCUCCCUCAUCGUGGGCAUACUAGUCUCUCGCUUCGGCAGGAAAGGCACAGUGGUAAACGCAACAGUGUUGGUGUUUAUUGCUGGCUCACUCAUGGGCUUCAGCAGGAUUUGUGGUUCACCUGAGAUGGUCAUCAUUGGCCGCUUCAUCACAGGAAUCCACUCAGGCAUCUCUCUAAGUGUGGUGCCAAUGUACCUGGGCGAGAUAGCACCUAAGAAUCUGCGAGGCUUCCUGGGUCUUGUCCCAAGUAUCUUUAUUGGCACUGGAGUCUUCGCUGCCCAAAUCCUCGGCCUACAUGAGCUUUUAGGAAAGGAGGAACACUGGCCCCUCUUUCUGUCAGUGAUAGUGGUACCAACUUUUAUCCAGUUGAUGAUGUUGCCAUGGUUCCCAGAGAGUCCCAGGUACCUGCUGAUUGAGAAGCACAACGUCCAUGCCACCAUCACAGCCCUGAAGUGGUACAGAGCCAAGUGUAACAUCCAGGCUGAGAUUGAAGAGAUGCAAGAGGAGCAGCGCUCCCUGUCCUCAGUGGAGACACUGUCAGUAUGGAAACUGUUGCUGGAUGGUACAGUCCGCUGGCAAGUGCUGAGCGUAGUCGUCAUCAACAUUGGCAUGCAACUGUCUGGCAUCGAUGCUAUCUGGUUCUAUACCAAUGACAUCUUUGAGAAUGCAGGUAUCCCAGCAGCAGAGAUCCAGUAUACCACAGCAGGGACAGGAAUUAUAGAGAUCAUCGCUGGACUCAUUGGGUGUUUCUCCAUAGAGAAGCUGGGCAGGAGGCCUCUCAUGAUUGGGGGUUUUUCCGUGAUGGGCAUCUGCAGUGCAGGAAUCACAGUAGCCCUCAUUUUACAGGCUCACCUAUCAUUCAUGCGCUACGUCAGUGUCUGCUGUGUAGUUGGCAUCAUCGCUGGCUUCUGUAUCGGUCCAGCGGGGGUUCCCUUCCUGAUCACAGCAGAGCUGUUUAAACAGUCCCACCGCCCGGCGGCCUACAUUGUUGGAGGAUCACUCAACUGGCUGUCUAACUUCACUGUUGGCUUCGUCUUCCCCUUCUUACAGAUGUCAGCAGGGUCUUACUGCUACUUGGUGUUUUGCACCAUCUGUCUGGCCGUGGCAGUUUAUGUCUACAUUGUGAUCCCAGAGACCAAAAACAAGACAUUCAUGGAGAUCAGCCGGAUGUUCUCUAAGAAGGAGGCAGUGCUUGAGACCCAAGGCCUGGCCCACGUGGACCAGCUAAAACUGAAGAAGAUGAAUGGCUACGGUGGUAUGGAACAUACUUCACUGGAGUUAGACAGUUCUUCUUCUGUACCCUAACUGAGCUCCAGGUUUUCACUGGGACUGCAAAACUAUUCAUUACUUCUCUUUGCCAUUCCACCAUUGUAAUAUGUACACAUUAACCAAACACCACUUAGCCUGGACUCAGUGGGCUCUGGGAGGGUGUACUGUAAAUCAAGCAAUUAAUAUACAGUGCAGUAUGCAGUUCUGGCAUUUGCAGUUGUUUAUUAAUUUUUUUUUUUCAGUCUGAGCCAUUAAAGGAAAAGUCCAGCUAAAUUAAACUGGGUCUUAUUUUCAUAGAUUUGGCAGUUCUUCUUAUCAGUACUAAUAAAAUUGUUUUCACCAAACCAGUAGCUGAGAUCUGAGACCAAACUGACAUCACUAAAAGGAAGUCUGAUAGGACAAGAAACAGACCAUCAGACGGUUGGAAACAAUCCUCCAAGUUAGGCAUUUGGAUGGAAAAUCCAUCACAGUUGAUAAACUUACUUCCUGCUUGAUCUUUGACCUACUGUACUUACUGUAGUUGAGCACAGUUUUCCUGUUCAACAAGGGAUUAUUAGCAACACUUCAGGUGCUCUCACUUUCAGUUUGCCCUUCAAAUGAAGUGGUUUAGAUAAGCUUAAUAAACUUUUGGUUAGUGUUUUUGUGCAACUUCACUGCAACUUCCAAAAGUUGGUCACAGGUCCAUUCUGAAUGGACCACAAGUGACUCAUGAACAUGACAAGUUUGUAAAAAAAACACACUUUCUGGUGCAUAGCUGUUAUUUUGAAGUGCCAUUUCCUGCCGUAGAGUACUGACUAAUGGACAGCUACUUGACAGAGACAGAAAACUAGCUCGACAAUAUGGCCAAACGGAAGUAUGCUGUGAAUAUAUUAAACUGUGUAGACCUUGAACUAAUGACGAAGGAGAAAAUCUGGACCCCAUGGCUUGACCAGUUGGGAACCACUGGUUAAGGCCAUCAGUUUAAUCUGCAAUAAUGAUAUUGCACUCACCAAAGUGAUUGCCAAGCUCUCAGAAUGUCGAGAUAAAUAUCAUCAAAAUGUCAUCAAUAAAAAUAGACCGGGUAAAUGGGUCAACCAACCGUCAUACCAUUUAGUGCUUUAUAUUUUAAGAAUGAAGACACCAUCUUCCAACAUAACUAUACAUACUAUACUACAUAAAUAA